CAUCUCCCAAACGAGCUACUAAGAGACACAAUUAUAACCUAUCAAUAGACCUUCCAGUCUCUUUUGAUCCAGCAAAUACAAAAAAAAAUCUGAUAAAUGGGUUCUCCUAGUGCAUCAUUGGUCAUUAUCACAUGUAUACUCUUCUCAACUUUAGUUAUCCUGAUUCUUCCAUGUCAAAUACAAGCUAGAAAGCUAUCACUAUUACUAACAAACCCUCCAUCAGAAAUAUUUCAAGAAUAUGACGAGAGGAGCAGCGUUCUUGACCGAGGUCAAGAAUAUGAAAGUACUCUCCAUUCCUUGGCCAAAGAUGACAUCAACGUCGACUGCAUUGUUCCCGAAAACAGUACUUGAGAACAUGAUUUUUAUGCCAUUGGGAAUGCAGUAAUGUUGGGGGCAUUUGGAAAUGAUGUAUAUGUAAAUUUAUAUAUUACUUGUGUCAAUUGCAUGUUGUCAACUAAGAUCUAUUUUCAAGUAAAAUGAAUUGAUUUAGCAUGAAAGUUGUGUUCGAAAUUUAGAAAAGACACUUAAGAUCCAUUUUUGUAAAGGACGAGUAUUUAUUUAAUUUUGAUAAAAUAGCAAGAAGUAUACAGAACUUCAUUGCCAAAAAUUCUAAUUGUACUCAGGUACAUUAAGUUCAAAAUAUAAUUAUAUAUAUGAAGAGAAUAAUAUGUUUGUUUUGUUUCCUCAAUCACAAUUUUAACCCUCCCGAUUACAUUAGAAUCUGACUAGUUCAUUGUAUGGUGAAAACUAAAGAUGAUGAUAUUCAUCAAAGAGGUUGAUUCACUUUACAAUCCGCGUGUUCAGUUUUAUUUUUUUAGUAUCUUUGUAUCCUUUUUUUUUUGUUCUUUUCUUUAUGUAACACAUUAGCGUUUUAAGUUAAUAGAUCAACAAUGAAAAACAAACAAGUGGCGUGCAUGAAGGGAAAACUUAAAAGGAAUCAAAAAAUAAAAAGUGUUUGUUUUACCAAAAUAAGCUGGUAGAUAGCUCUCUGCUUUACAUUAUACUUUUUCCCAGUUUCUUUUUAACGAAAAUUAUAAUAAGUAAAGUCACAGGUUUGCAAUUUUAAGCAUGUUGCUUUUCAAUACAAAGUUCCUUCCUAACUCCAUUUUUAUUUUAAAAGCAGAAUACUAUGAUAGAACAAUAAAUCACGUGGAACUUUGAAAAGAAUUCAAAAUAGGGUUCAAGGAAUAGAAAUUUGUUUAUAAUAAGGUGUAAGCUAAGAAGGAGGUUAGGUUCAACGACGUUUGACAAAUGGGUAUAAUGAUAACUUGAUCAAAGUGGUCUUCUAUGCCAUAGGCUAUACCUAUGUCCCCGUGUUUCAUAUUUGUUGUGCCACUACUCGAGCUCAUGCACAUGUCAAGCAUAAGAAUCAUGCAGAGAGAGAUGUAUCACCCAAGAAAGAAUGGACAUGAAAAAUCUCACUUGGCUUCCUAGAUGCUCGGUCUCUCAUACAAGUUCUCCUGCCAAUAACGCUAAACAAUCGGAGGCGGUGGUUGACUACUAUAAUCGCGCCAUUCAUGUAUCAAAGUCAAUAGGUCACGCAAUUCCAAAAUGAAACUAAAAAUUUGCAACUAUAGUCACGAAACUUUUUUAGCUUUUUUUCAACAUUCACCGCUUACACAUUCAUGGAAAACAAUAGGUAUCCAUAAAUCACACCCGUAAACACUUCAAAUGGAAAUGAGAGUUAAGAUAGGAAUGAGUAACAAGAACUAAAAUGAUACAGUGAGAGUACAUAUCAAGUUCAUUAGAAUUAACCUAACUCAUUAGUCUACAAUAAAAAAAUAAAACUAAGAAAUUUUGACUACCAUCAGAGAAAAUGAAAACAAAACUCAAGACACAAGAACAAUGGUGAUCAAAAGAAUAAAUAUUACAUUUGGUCAACGGCUAUGCCUGUAGCUGGUUUUAUUUGUAUUCGAAUCCAUACUGCUUGCAUCUAACCCAAGCCAUCUCGAAUCUCAAAAAUAAUGACCUCCCACCUAUUUCCCAGUUUCAAAUUAUCAGUUUGACAUUAUCCUGUGCAUCAGAGCCUUAGGUUCAAACGCAGUGGCCAGAAUAAUGAAUUCCACGAAGGAAAGCGGCGCUGAAUUGACCCACUAGACAAGGCCGAAAGGCCCUGUUCCUGGAACCCCUGUUGAGCUGCUCACGGAGAAAAAGAAGGAGAAGAAGCAGGAGGCGUUAACUACGAGCAAGACCUCCGAAACCAACGUCUAUCCCGACGUUAAAGUUGAGGAAGCCGCCAUGGGAGACCCACAGCCCGUCAUGAUGGCCGAGCUGCAACAGUUUUUUCGGCAACAUGUUGUUGCUCUGUUUAAGACACAACUAACCAAACAGGACGAGAAGUUUAAGGCUCUCUCGACCAAGUUUGAUGAAUUGAAUCAAACAGUUGCAAUGAUGAGCCAGCAAUGAGGACCGGUUCCGAAAACUCUGAGAGGAGCAUAGGUUCAACCCAAACCUCAGCAUCCUCUGCCAGCGAAUUGUGACAAUUCGCCACGAAAUAGAUUCCUAGAAGCCGAUCAAGCUCUGGCGGCUCGAGUUCAGGACUUGGAAUGGAAACUAAUGACUCUAUAAGUCAAUCCCAUCGUUCAGGGGGCCCGCAAUCGAUAGAAAAUCGAUUUUGCCCAAGAUGAACGCGACGACGAUCCUCUGGUGUCGAAAUUGCGUGGAAUUAAAUUAUCAAUGCCAACUUUUCAUGGGACGACCAAUGCCUCGGCCUACUUGGAUUGGGAGAGGAAGAUCCUCUUGUUCUUUCGGUGUGGACAAUACUCUGAAACCCAGAAAUUGCUCCUAGCCACCUAUGAGUUCAAGGAUUAUGCCGCAACUUGGUGGGAGCAGGUCAAAGUCUGACGAUGGCAAAAUAUCAGGCUGAAGUGACGACCUGGGAGGAAUUGAGGGGAUUAAUGCGGGAGAAGUUUGUGCCAGCAUAUUACUAGAGAGAAUUACAUGAAUCCAUGCAAGCAAUUCGUCAAGGAUCACGCACAGUGGAAGAAUAUGCCAUAGAAUUGGAAUUACUCAUGACCAGAGCUGACAUAAGAGUGCAUUCAGAGGCGAGAAUUUCGCGAUUCUAUUCUGGGCUGAACAAAGAGAUUCAGUACGAAUGGAAGCUUUGCCAUUUUGUUGAUUUGGAGGAAGCCAUCCACUUGGCAGUCAAGAUCGAAAAGCAGUUGAAGGAAGGAGCAGCAAAGCGAGUUGUCACCCCUAGACCGAGCAAUGCCCCUGAGAAUGCUCCGAACACCGCACCAACCCCAAUUCGUGUUGUGCAUUUGAAACCAAUUCCCCAGCAAGGCAGUCAGGACCGAGAUGGAGGCUCAAUUAGCAGGUUGGAAUGCUACAAGUGCCAUGGAAGAGGGCACAAAUCCUUCCAAUGCCCCAAUCCAAAAGCACUCAUCCUGCGUGAUGGUGAGUACAACUCGGAGGAUGAAGAGAAGGAAAAGGGAGCUGAUGACGAGGUUACUGAUGAAGAAGUAGACGAGAACAUUGAAAUGGAGGCUCCAGGUGGACAUUUCCUCGUCAACAGAAGAGCACUCGCCGUUGAGGAGAUUAGUGAAACCCAGCAGCGUGACAAUUUAUUCCAUACCCGCUGCCGAAUUCAAGGAAAGACGGCGCCGAUGGUGAUCGAUGAAGGAAGUUGUGCUAAUGUUGUGAACUUAGAGACUGUGAGGAAGCUUGGAUUGAGCACUCUCAAGCAUCACGAUCCCUACAUCCGACAUUGGCUCAAUGAUCAUGGAGCUGUGAAAGUGACGAAGUCGGCAUGGGUCGAGUUUGAAAUCGAUCAAUACAAGGAUCGAAUUCUUUGUGAUGUAGCUCCUAUGCACGUUGCUCAUAUCCUUUGGGAAGACCUUAGCAGUAUGAUCGUGGAGUUACCCACCAUGGCAGGUCAAACUGCUAUACUUUUAAACAUGGAUGGAAGAAGCUCAAAAUGACACCUCUUCCACUGAUCGAGGUUCGUAACGAACAAAGGCAAUUAGAGUUCGAUUGAGCUCAAGUAAGUGAAGGGAUGGGAACAGGGACGAGUUUAAUUGCCCGAAGGCUAGUGCUUACUGCUCUACGACGAGAAAGAAACCCACUCCGACCCGGGAAGCAACAACUCUGUUGCUUGUCGACGGCGAUAUAAGGGAGGAGAGAGGGUCUAUUGGGUGGAGACCUAGAGGGCACGUUGAUCCAACCCAAUGGUGCCGACACGUUCCAUAUGCCUUCAGGAAGCUCUCCCAUGGAUCAUAUGACGUCGAUUCAACUUGAAUCAAAGGAUCCAAUUCGAGCUUAAAAGCCCCUGGAAACGAGCAAUCAUGACCAAAAAUCGAGUCUAUUGGUUGAAGAGCUCGGGGAUGAUUCAGACCAAACUGCUGGUACAAAAUCGUCGAGGGCAGACCUGGGAAGCUGUAUGAAGCAUCAAUUGGACUCGAAAAUCCUUGAAUCAAAAGUCCCCAAUUUUUUAAUUGGAUUUCUGGGUUUGUCGAAUUCAAAUAAUGACGAUGGCGGGAAACAGAUCUUCAUCUAUUCGAGGAAGAUGGUGAUGAAUUGAAGCUUUGGGUCCGUACAAAACUUCGAUUGAACACCCAACGAAGCCCUGGGAAGUAUUGAAUAAAUAUGGGAAUCCCCAUUUACAAAAGCUACAAUUUGUUUGACAAAGAAUAGUGCUUUGGACUUCUAGAACAUGAUGUUCAACAAACCUACUUUGGACCCAAUUUGGGAUCAAUUCUAUGAUGAUUUCGAGAUGAAGAAGACUAUGUUCUUGAGACCUCGAGCAAGGAAUUUUAUUCCUUCGCCUGAGGCUGCGAAAUUUUAUUCCUUCGCCUCAGGCUGCGCAAUUCUGAUCCAUCACCUAUCCAGGGUGUUAUCAUUGGAUUCGAGGAGCAAUUUCGGAUAGAAACUCUCUACGGAGGACUCUGACACGCUAAAACACAACACCAAACUACGAUCAAGUGUAAUCGCAGUCCUGCAAAUGCAGUAAAGUGGAAAGCUCUAUUUGUCAACCCGGGGUCUAGAUCUACUACCUACUCCGUGAUUAUCUAUUAUCUAGCAAACUAAGUCAAGUGAUUGUGAUUUUAAGUAAAAGUAGUUAGAAAGCAGGAAAUGGUUCAAAGUUCUUUAGCAAGGGAAGACUCACUCGGGAAUGAGUCCCCCUAGCUCCUUAGUUAGGUCAAGGUUGUAAUUACCCUGGGUUGAUAAACUGUUGAUUAAAGUGAAGAAGAUCCGACAGUAGCUUGGAAUCUCUUAAGCUGACCAAGCCCUCUCAGACAGACUAACCGGCAGGAGACUAGCCUUCACCGAGUUAGACUGUUGACGCAAUGAACACAGAACUCCACUACUGGAAUUGAAUUCCAGUACAAAACAGUAAAUCGAUUAACUCUCGUAUAACCAAUCUACCACUACUUAUUGAUGAAGCUCUAACAACCUAAUCGGAUUCUAUCUAUCUCAAGUUGUAGCAGAUUUCAAGAAAAGAUGAUCAUGCUU